AUAUCAGGAGAUCAGCACUUUCCGAAAUACUGAAACCAACCAUGCCAAGUCACUGAGUUCACAUUUUCCUCCAUUCUAAUGUUUGAUAUGAACAUUAACUGAACCUCUUAUCCUGUAUCUGCAGGAUUUUAUGCGUUGUGCUGCAGCCCCAUGAUUGGCUCACUGGAUAAUUGCAUGAAUGGGUGGACCUGUUAAAGUGGCUGGUGAAUGGUGUAGCUUCUAAUAUCAUGUAAAUGACAGGUUGGGUUAAACCACAAUUAGUAGUCUUAUGAAAGAGACUUUGGUUAGGUAGUAGAUUUAAAUGGCCUCUUUGUGAAUUGGUUAGGUCUGAAAGUAACCAAACUACAUGUACAGUACAUAUGGUAUGUAUGUAUACAAAUGGGUCUAGUGGUUUACAAACCAUGUUUAAAUAUUAUUAAAAUCCAUUUUUGUUCUUUAUAAGAACUUGUAUACUCUACAAUACUGGUAUUUAGCACUCAAAACUAUAAAUUAAAAGAACCAAAAAGAUCAUGCAAGAGAAUAAUACAUAAGAAUAUACAGAAAUGUGGUGAAUAAUGUUACUUAUACUAUCUAUUACAUUAAUAUGACACGCUUUUAAAGUGACAGCACUGUAUGCACUUUGCUCCACCUUCAUUUUUGUUCUGCUUCACUUCCACAACGAAAAAAACUGACAGUAAAAGGAAGCCGGUUUCUCAGCUUGUCAGGUGAUUUUGAAAGUAAAUUCCAUUCAAUCAACAGCACAACUAUACAAUCCAGAACAAACACAAAUGACUGAGCAUGCGUUAUGUUGUAUUAAGAGCACUUUGUCCACAUACCAGUUUAGGAGGUGAACACUCUCAGUUAAUAAAGCAUUUCUCAGGUGUUGCAUGUGUGAAGUGUUGCGCUCUUUUAGCCUUGAGUAGCACAUUUCAUUAUCCCCUCAUGGUUAGUGUCAGGAGCACAGCCUGUUGUAGUAAAUGGAGCAUGAAUCUUCUGGAUGCUACUCCCUGGAUUGUGGAGGAUACCUGGGGAAGUCCAAAGAGUGUAAGAUGAGGAGGGGUUCUGAGAGCAUGAAGGGUCGUGUCCUGGAUGAACCACAUUUUGAACUCCAUAACAAGAACCUCCAGAGAAGCAGCUCCCUACGAACCACCAACAUAAUAGAGGAGGAGGGGGCUGAACAAACAGGACUUCUUAUUCACAGUCACAGCGCGGCUGAAUUCUCAAUUCUGACAGGUCAAAAGAGUUUCAAGAUCCAUAGCAAAACAUUCCACAAACAUUUCCCAGAAAUCUCUGAGAUGGAGGAUUUGAUUAAAGCUUUCACCUGUGCCCUCCAAAAGGAAGUCCUCUAUCAUGGCAAGAUGUACGUCACACAUCAGCAUGUGUGUUUCUACUCCUCUGUUCUACUGAAAGAGACCAAGGUUCAGAUACGUAUGUCCACAAUCCAGAUUAUAAAGAAAAAGAACACGGCACGGGUUGUGCCCAACGCAAUCGCCAUCAUCACCAACACUGGAGACAAAUAUCUGUUUGGGUCCUUACGGAAUCGAGAUGUGUGUUUAAGUGUCCUGAAGUCUAAAUGUCCACAGCUACAGGAUGUAGGUGCCAGCAGCAGCCCUCAAAUGUCUUCUGUAGAAAAUGGCCAUGAACUGGAAGUCGACACAAUUUCCAGUCACUCCAGUCAGGAGGACAGUGGAGACCCUCACAGGUUCUCUGGGCAGGACAGGACGACAGAAAGCAAUGUUCCUUCCUCAUCAUCAGGCUCCAACAUUGACUCCCACAUUGAAGCAAGAAACAACCCCACAUCAUGGAACAGCACCAACAGAGAUAGUCACUCUUCAGAGGAGAACACAGCUGUCUCCUGGGUGGCCAUGGUAACAGAGAAGAUCAGAUUUCUCCUCUCCUUGGGAGGCACAACCAACAUCAACAAGCUCGUCACUGUCUAUCUCAUACUAGCUCUCCUCCUGGUCCUGUCAUCCGGCUACAUUGGUCUGCGUAUUGCAGCUUUGGAAGAGCAGCUGAGCACACUGGGAGCAACGACUGAGUUUGGCCUACAGAGAUCGUAUAAAGAAACAUAACACCUUGCCUGCAUGAAGAGCCUGGAGGAGUCAAAAGAAAGAACUCUCCGUCUCUUAACAUGCAGCACAACACAAGUCUUCACUGGCACAGUGAAAUGAUCGGGAAUCCAUCUGAAAAAAACAGACUACACCAAUCAGCCAUAAUAUUAAAACCAUUGACAAAUGAAGUAAAUAACAUUGAUUAUAUAUUAGGCAGCAUCAACAGUCAGUUCUUAAAGUUGAUAUGUUGGAAGCAGAAAAAUGGGCAAGUGUAAGAAUCUGAGCAAUAUUGGUAAGGGCCAAAUUGUGCUGGCUAGGCAACUGGGUCAUGGCAUCUCCAAAACUUGUAUGCAAUGGUUAUUAAUUACUAAAACUGGUCCAAGGAAGGACAACAGGCAACAGGAUCAUGGACACCCAAGGCUCACUGAUGUGUGUGGGGAGCGAAGGCUAGCCCAUGUGGUCCGAUCACAGAAGAGAACAAAUUGCUACUGUAGAACAAAUUGCUGAAAAAGUUCAUGCUGGCUAUGAUAUGAAGGUUUCAGAACCUACAGUGCAUCGCAGCUUGCUGAGGAUGGGGCUGUGUAGCCACAGACUGGUCACAGUCCCAUGCUGACCCCUGUCCACUGCCGGUGUGUAUGCGUCACUUACCUGAGUAAAAGAUGGCACCAAGCACUAUGGGAAGAAGGCAAGCUGGCGGAGGUAGUAUGAUGCACUGGGCAAUGUUCUGCUGGGAAACCUUGCAUCCUGGUCUUCAUGUGGAUGUUACAUUGACACAUACCACCUACUUAAACAUUGUUGCAGACCAAGUACACCCCUUCAUAGCAACAGUAUUCCCUAAUGGCAGUGGCCUCUUUCAGCAGUAUAAUGCCCCCUGCCACACUGCAAAAAUUGUUCAAUAAAUGGUUUGAGAAACAUGGCACAGAUUUCAAGGUGUUGACUUGACCUCCAAAUUCCCCAGAUCUCAAUCCGAUCAUUGAGCAUCUGUGGGAUGUGCUGGACAAACAAGUCCGAUCCAUAGAGCCCCCACCUUGCAACUUACAGGAAGACCUGCUGCUAAUGUCUUGGUGCCAGAUACAACAGUACACCUUUAGAGGUCUUGUGGAGUCCAUGCCUCGAGGAGUCAGAGCUGUUUUGGCAGCACAAGGGGACGUACACAAUAUUAAGCAGGUGGUUUUAAUGUUAUGGCUGAUCGGUGUACAUUCCCAACAGGUCCCUUCCCUCAGGCUCCAGCCAUGUCCCAAGUACAGUUCACUGCAUUUGUCUGGGUGAUGUAACCAAAUGGAGAAUUAUCUCUUGGCAUCCACCCUCAGGUACAGCUGAAUUAAAAGAUUGAAAGAUUUUUUUUAUUUUAUUUUAUUUUUAGGAACAUAUUAUAUAUAAAUAUAGGAAAUAUGCCUCGACACCAGUUGGUGGCAGAGUUAUUGGAUCUCAACUUUAAUGGAACACAAAUGUUUUUGCACAAAUGUCUUUUUUUCUUAAAGACAAAUUGGGCUACAUUUGGAACAUUGCUACAGGUGGAAAGCAUGUCUGUAGGUGGGGGGUUUAACAAUAGAUCUUGUUUUAAAGCAAAUAAUCUGAAUUCAUUCUAAUCAAUUUCAUACAUCGUCUAUGACAAACAAAGGGAGUCUUUGUGCAGACAGUGUAUCUUUCAUUUCUGUUUUAAUUUGGUUAUGUCCAUACCAACAAUGAUAAAAAGGUAUAUUGCAGAUACUGCAGGUCAGAAAUGCAUGUGUACCACAGCAAACUUGCCCCUCGGGCUGAAAAUUUUGUAGAAAAUUGAAAAUUUACCUGGCAACCCUGAUCCUGAUACAUAUCCCAAUCUGUCAAUCCAGGAUGCCCGAUUGUCAGCAGUAUUCCGCACAUCAAAUAUACUUCUCCAUCAAAGUUUGAAUUUUUAUUUAACCUUUGAAACCAUCUGUCAAAUUUUUUUCAAAUUAUUGAUAGUGAGACAACACUGGUCUAUACAAUAAAAAUAAGUAUACGGUUAAUAUAUUGUUAGUAGAACAUUAAUAUUUAUACUUCCAACUAGGAACACUGUAGACCAUCCAUUUAAUAAUAUUACGUAAUCUUUUUAACGGAGUCAAACUUAUUAUUAUUUUUUUAUUUAUCCUUUCUUUAGCCAGGAAAGUCCCAUUGAGAUCCAAGAUCUUUUCUUUCAGGGAGUCCUGGUCAAUUUAAAUUGAAUAUUGUUUGUUUUAUAUUUUAGACCUAAAAAUUAAUGAUUGAAUUAAGUUUUUAAUGCAUGGUGUCCACAUACAUGGACCAAAUCUGAUUAGGUUUUUAAAAAUUUAUGCAUAAAUGGGCUAAUGCAUGGGACAUGCAGAUUUACGACAUAUCGAUAUCAAACUCCCCUCGGCCUAGCUUGUAUGGUCCUGUAAGCUAAGUAUCUUUGUGAGGAGAAAUUCCUUUAAUGGUGUGAAAAUACUCUAUACCAGUGCUGAAUCAGAAUUUUUGUUUGUUUAUUUGUUUGUUUUUCCUUUUGCACUUCUGUACAAUCUGGUUGUACAAAGAGAAUUAAUCUGAUGCUUCAUCAGUUCUCGGUCUGUAAUGUACUUUGGUAAAUAUGGGCUGUUAUCUGUUUUUUUAUUUUCAUCAGCUUAUCUUACUAUCUGUGCUGUGCAUAGAAACCUAUCUGUCAUGGGGAACACAUUACAAAACUGCUUGUAAUUGUGACACUAGUUUUCACUAUGAAACACAAAUUUCUGAUAUUCAAUUCUGUUUUUCACAUCAUGUAUAUUGUUUCUCAGUAUGCACUUAAUUGUGAGUUCAUUAAAUGUUUGUGCUUAGUUCUUCUAGCCUAAUGAUUUAUU